CAGACAGCAAAAUCAUCGUCUCCAUAGAAUGUCCGUAUCUCUACUGAAUUUCGGGCACCAAUAUCUCAAAAACAAGCCCAUCCAGUGUUUCAGGACUAGAUUUUCAUACCCUAUCAAUAUCCGACUCCGAAGUUCACCCGCCAAAUUCAAAAUUGCAAGCAGCUGCUGCUACACUUUCGAUUCGGCAUCUCUAAGCGAGCCUUCAAUUCCAGAGGAUAGGCUCCAUGGUAGGAAACAUAAUUCGUCACCCAAUAUUGAGAAAUGGGUUGAUUUUGUACCUGGAGGUAGUUGGUGGAGCUUAGAGGAUGAGGAUGAAGCUGGUAAGGUGAAAGCAACCAAUCCGAUUACCGUUUGGUAUGUUCUCCGUCGAAUGUGGGAACUGGUGUCCGAUGACAAAUUGGUUAUGUACAUUGGAUUCGGUUCUUUAACUUUUGCUGCGCUCGUAGAGAUAUCAAUACCAAACUUAUUGACAGCAUCUAUCUUCGCAGCACAGAAUGGGGAAGCAUUAGUGUUCUACAAAAACUUGAAGCUCUUGACGUUUAUGUGUUUUGCUUCGGGAAUAUGCAGCGGAUUACGAAGUGGUUGUUUUGGAAUUGCAAAUGUGGUCCUGCUCAAGCGGCUAAGGGAAACUUUGUACGCAAAUCUAUUGUUUCAGGAUAUAUCCUUCUUUGAUAGAGAAUCGGUUGGGAAUUUGACCAGCAGGCUUGGGGCAGAUUGUCAAAAAUUGUCACAUAUAAUUGGAAACAAUUUACAUUUGAUAGCACGGAACUCUCUUCAGGGGACAGGAGCGCUGAUUAAUCUGCUGACAUUAAGUUGGCCUCUUGCAUUGUCGGCUUGCUUUAUAUGCACUCUUCUGUGCAUGAUCUUUCUGGUUUAUGGGCGGUACCAGAAGAAAGCCGCAAAGCUUAUUCAAGAUUUCACUGCUCGUGCCAAUGAAGUUUCUGAAGAAACUAUUUCGUUGGUGAGAACAGUCCGGGUUAAUGGAACUGAAACCAAAGAACAUGAAAGGUAUAAGCAAUGGCUGGAUAAAUUGGCCAUCACAAGCGUGCGAGAAAGUGCUGCCUAUGGACUAUGGAAUUUGAGUUUCAGCACUCUCUAUCGUUCGACACAGGUUUUCGCAAUCAUACUGGGAGGAAUGUCUAUCCUGACGGGUCAUGCAUCGGCUGAGCAACUUACUAAGUAUGUAUUGUACUGUGAGUGGUUGAUAUAUGCAGCUUGGAGGUUGGCAGACAAUUUUUCAUCAUUGCUUCAGUCUGUUGGAGCAAGUGAAAAGGUGUUUCAGCUAAUUGAUGUCUUGCCUAGUGAUCAAUUUUCAGCAAAAGGAGUGAAGUUGCAGAGACUAACGGGGAAAUUCGAGUUCAUAAAUGUGUCCUUUCAUUACCCUUCACGAAUGACGAUGCCCACUCUAGAAGAAGUUAACAUCUCUGUAGAAGCUAAUGAAGUGACAGCGAUUGUUGGUCUCAGUGGUAGUGGGAAAAGCACAUUAGUCCAUCUCUUACUUGGUCUUUAUGAGCCAACCCAUGGGGAGAUAUUAAUCGAUGGUCAUCCACUUAAAGACUUGAACAUCAGAUGGCUGAGACAGAAUAUUGGAUAUGUUGGGCAGGAACCACAUCUAUUCCGGAUGGAUAUAAAGUCGAAUAUAAGCUAUGGAUGUUCAAGGGACAUGGAGCAAGAAGAUGUAGAAUGGGCUGCGAAACAAGCAUAUGCUCAUGAAUUCAUUUGCUCCCUUCCUGAUGGCUAUGAAACAAUAGUUGAUGAUGAGCUUCUAAGUGGGGGCCAAAAGCAAAGAAUUGCAAUUGCUAGAGCCAUUAUUAGGGACCCUCGCAUUCUGAUCCUUGAUGAACCCACCAGUGCUUUGGAUGCAGAAAGUGAAUACUACAUUCAGGAAUUGAUGGUUAGGUUAAAAACCGAAACGAAGGCGAAAAGAUCAAUCCUUUUCAUAGCACACAGGCUAUCAACAGCAAGAGCUGCUGACAGAAUCGUUGUCAUGGAUGGUGGCCGAAUUGUGGAGAUGGGAGAUCAUGAAAAGCUUUUGCAGCAGAACGGAUUGUAUGCACGAUUACAUCUACUUCAAAUGGAAGGUCUUUAGAUUCACCACGUUCGUCUUCGUGAUUUUGCUUUGCCAUCGAAAUCAAAGAACUCCAUGUUAGAAAUAGGAUUGCAGAAGGAGAAUAAGUGCAGUAAAUCAAAACGUUAGAAUCACUCUAGCAAGAUUGUUUGGGUUUUUUAGGCUAUGAAUAUAUGCAGAAUUGUUAUCGAGGAGAAUUAAGAGGAUUAAGAGAGUGAGUGUGUGUGAUGAAAUAUUCACAUAUAUAAAUAGGUUUAUGUUAACAACCGAUUGUGGAUCAAAAGUAGCCGACAUUUGGCUUUAUCCAAAUCAGAAAAUCAUGGAAAAAGGUGGUC